AUGGCGGAGGACGGGCCUAAGCAGCCGCAGGUCAGCAUGCCGCUGGUCCCGGACGAGACCCUGACCAAGCAGAUGCGGCUGCGCGUGGAGAGCCUGAAGCAGCGCGGGGAGAAGCGCCAGGACGGGGAGAAGCUGCUGCGGCCGGCGGAGUUCGUGUACCGCCUCGACUUCACCCGGCAGCAGAAGCUGCAGUUUGAGCGCUGGGACGUCCUGCUGGACAAGCCGGGCAAGGUCACCAUCACGGGCACCUCCCAGAACUGGACGCCUGACCUCACCAACCUCAUGACGCGCCAGCUGCUGGAACCCGCUGCCAUCUUCUGGCGCAUGGAGAGCUCGGAUGCCGUGGACUGGAACGAGGCCGACGCCCAGGAGUUCGGGGAGCGCCUGUCGGAACUGGCCAAGAUCCGCAAGGUCAUGUACUUCCUCAUCACCUUCGGCGAGGGCAUGGAGCCGGCCAACCUCAAGGCCUCCGUGGUCUUUAACCAGCUCUGA